AUGAAGUUUAGCCCGUCCACCACCAAGGAAUUGAAACAUGGGCUACAUCAGAUCCUUGGUUUUAGAGUUGUGCAGCAGCAUGAGAAAUAUCUGGGCAUGCCAGCAUCUAUUGGUAGAACCAAGAAAGAGAUAUUUGCGUAUCUCCGCGACCGAGUAUGGGCUAAAAUGAAGGGGUGGGGUGAGAAGCAACUUUCCAAAGCGGGAAAGGAAGUCCUAAUAAAAUCGGUCCUACAGGCUUUCCCGUCAUACGUUAUGGGAUGCUUUCUGUUACCGAAUGGUUUGGUGAGGCAUUUGGAGGCAGCUAUACUUCGUUACAAAGCAGGUUUGGCGUAUUCUAUCAAAUCCCAAUCUUCUUUAUCAAGGAUUAUAGCCGCUCGCUACUUCCCUCAAGGCGAACUCCUUUCAGUGCGGCUAGGGUCUCGACCUUCCUCUACGUGGAGGAGCAUCUGGCAAGUUAUUCAUUUUCUGAAGAUGGGCAUUCGACGGCGAAUCGGGGAUGGAAAUGACACUUCCGUGUGGUCAGAUCCAUGGCUUCGAGAGGGUGGGAAUUUCAGAAUUAUCAUGAAAAGGCCUAUCUAUUCGGCUUUUCCAAACAAAGUGGCUGAUCUCAUUGAUGACUCCACCCAUUCAUGGAAUUUGGAGGUUAUUACUGGGGUUUUCUAG